UUUGUCUAACAAGCUUAUCAGUUGUGCUGCUGGAACUUGUCAUUUUGACCAUCCAUUCAAUUCCUGAAAUUGGAGGAAUUGGACUCCCUCGGCCUCCAUGGGUGAGGUAUUUGGAUUCCGGGAUGGUGAAGGAAUCGGGAAUGCAUUUCUUCUUUCCUAUUACGCCCUCUUCUCAAGAGACUUCGCAGAUGCUUCGACAGACGCUUCGACACCGCCGGCUCAUCCUCGUGUGACGUUGGUUUGACGAUCGGGACCUCGAAGUUCGGGGCCAAAUGGCUGCAAUAAUUGCUCAGCUCGAUGCCUCUUCCACCUCCUACCGGUGUACUUAUGAUGUGUUCUUGAGUUACAGAGGCGAAGAUACACGUAAGGGGUUUACUGAUCACCUCUACAGGGAGCUGGAGCUGGCAGGAAUUCACACCUUUAGAGAUGAUGAUGGGAUCGACAGAGGAGCAAACAUAGCAUCAGAGCUACAGAAAGCGAUACAAGAAUCACGAGCAUCCAUAAUUGUCUUCUCCAAGGACUACGCUUCCUCAAGAUGGUGCUUGGAUGAGCUGGUGAAGAUCAUGAAACGUAGAAAAACUGAUUGCAGACACAUGGUUAUGCCAGUUUUCUAUGAUGUGGAUCCAUCCCAUGUUAGGAAACAGACUGGAACUUUUGCACAAGCAUUUGCUAGACAUGAAGAACGCUUCAAGGAGGAGAUGGACAAGGUGAUGGAGUGGAGAAGAGCUCUUAGAGAUGUAGCAGAUGUGGGAGGAAUGGUUUUAGGAGAUAUGUAUGAGUCACAGUUUAUCCAAAAUAUUGUCGAAGAGAUUGGAAAUAAACUGGAUCAUUGUGCAACAGAAAUGAUUGCUCCCUAUGUGGUUGGAAUAGAUAAGCGUGUGCAGGGCAUAAACAUGUGGCUGAAAGAUCGAUCAAAUGACGUGAGUGUAGCUGUGAUCUAUGGGAUGGGUGGAAUUGGCAAGACCACCAUUGCCAAAGCUGCUUAUAACCAGAACUUCCACAGAUUUCAAGGUUGCAGCUAUCUUGCAGAUGUUAGAGCAACUUCAGAACAGCCUAAUGGUUUGGCUUUUUUGCAAAGAAAACUUCUUUCGGAUAUCCAAAAGGGGAAAAAGAAGAAAGUAUACAGUAUGGGUGAACGAAUGAGCAAGAUCAAGCAUGCUGUGUGUUGCAAAACUGUUCUUAUUGUUCUUGAUGAUGUGGACCAAUCUGACCAAUUCAAUGCAAUUCUUGGAAGGCGAGAAUGGUUUCACCCAGGAAGUAAAAUAAUCGUUACAACUAGACAUGAAAGUUUGUUGAAUGAUCAUGAAGUUUAUGCAAUGUUUAAGGUUAGAGGAUUGGGUGAGUAUGAAUCACUUGAGCUUUUUAGUUGGCAUGCCUUCAAACAAGUGCGUCCUGUCAAAGAUUACAUCAAGCUAACAAGAUCCGUAGUACAGCACUGUCAAGGGCUACCAUUAGCACUUCAAGUUUUGGGAUCUUCUCUUGUUGGAAGAAGUGUAGAAGUAUGGGAAAGUGCGCUGCAGAAGUUAAACGUCAUUCCUAAUGAAAAAAUUCAAAAAAUACUUAGAAUAAGCUUUGAUUCUCUACAAGAUGAUCAUGACAGAAGUUUAUUCCUUCAUAUAGUCUCUUUCUUCGUGGGAAAGAAGAUAGAUUAUACAAUUACAGUACUGGACAAUUUACACUUCUACACAAGGAUUGGAAUUCAAAAUCUAGUUGAUAGAUGUCUAGUAGACAUAGAUGAAGACAACAAGUUGGUCAUGCAUCAAUUACUUAUAGACAUGGGAAGGGGAAUUAUUCGUGAAGAGUCGCCCGAGGACCCUGGGAAACGUAGUAUAGUGCUACAGAAUGAUGCCUCUGAUAUUUUGAGAAAAUUAACUGGAACAAAAACCAUUAAGGGCCUCAUGCUCAAUCUUCCUGGCAAGACAAUGUUUAAUACAAGUAACAAAAAGAGAUACCAUGUCGACGAUUACCAUGAAAAAGUCUCAAGGCGACGGCUUGGUUUCUUCUCUUGGAAAUCUAUUACCUUUCUGCCAACAAAUUCUGCUUCUGAAUCAAAUGAGGUAGACUUCAAAACAGAGGCAUUUACAAGGAUGCACAAUCUUGAACUUCUGUUGCUCAAUAAUGUAAUCAUCAGUGGAGGCUACAAAGAUUUUCCAAAAAAUUUAAAAUGGAUAUCUUGGCGAGUAUUCCCUUUAAAAUCAAUACCAGCAGAUUUAUAUUUGGAAAAUCUAGUGGGUCUUGACUUGCGGAAUAGCAGGCUACAUCAUCUUUGGCAAGGACCCAGGGUUAUUCCAAGACUGAAAUUCCUUAAUGUCAGUCAUUCACAUGGUCUUGUGAGAACCCCCAACUUUUCGGGAGUCCCUAACAUUGAGAAAUUAGUUCUUAAAGAUUGCACAAAUUUGGUUUUGGUUGAUGAAUCCAUUGCAGACCUAGAGAAACUCAUUGUCUUGAAUCUAAAAGACUGCAAAAAUCUCCCAAAGCUUCCAACAAGACUUAGCAUGAUGACAUCUCUACAGGAACUGAUUCUUUCUGGUUGCUCAAAGCUUGUGUUUCGCCCCAAUGCUGCAGCUGGUGUUUGGAAGAAACUCAAUAUAUCAACAGCUAAGCUAUCGCAAUCAAUGUGGUUGUGGAGACUGUGGAUAUUACUCAGGAAACAUCUUGUUACUGCCCGCAGUUUGUCAGCGGCAAAUUGGCCAAAUGGCUUAGUAAGCUUAAGUCUAGCUGACUGCAAUCUUCCGGAGAUUCCCAGUGGUCUUAGUAUCCUAUCUUCAUUGAAGCAUUUGAAUCUAAGUAGAAACCCAAUUUUGAGCCUACCAGAAAACUUGAAUGAUCUUAUUACGCUUCAAACUCUUGUAAUUGAAGGUUGCACAAUGGUCCGAACUCUUCCAGAACUCCCACCAAGUUUAAGAAAAUUGCAUGCAAGUUAUUGUACAUCAUUGGAAAAAAUAACAAAUUUACCAAACAUGUUCAGAUCAUUGGAUUCAAGUUUUUGGAAGUGCAAGAAUUUAGUUGAAGUUCAAAGCUUGUUCAAUAUAAAACCAUUGAGAAGGGUUGACAUUGAAAUGAUCAGAGAUAUGGGCCUGUUCAAUUUGGAAUCCGUAGGAACAACUGAAGUUGAGAUGACCAAUUACUUGACACGUACAAGAAGGAAGGGUCCUAUACAGGGAUUGUAUGAAUGUGGCAUAUUUAGCGCUUUCCUUCACGGAAACAAGAUUCCAGAUAGGUUCCCUUACAGAAGCCUGGGUAACUCCACUUUGUCUAUUAUUGUACCUUCACAUCUUAAUCUCAAGGUCCGAGGCUUGAAUGCUUGUGUUGUAUAUUCGCGAUGUCCUUUUUGGUUUAGCAGUUCAAACUUCCUUAAAGUCAGUAAUGAGACCAAGGGUCUUAAAUGGACAUAUUGCCCAGUCAGAGCAGGUCUCCCGAGAAAGAACCAUGAUAUGUUAUGGCUAAGCCAUUGGUUGUUUGGAAACGAUGAACUGGAGGGCGGGGAUGAAGUACGUUUUUCCAUGAAUGAAGAAUAUAGUUUCUGGACGAAGGAAUUCGGUAUCCAGCUUGUGUAUGAGCAGGAAAAUGAGGGGAAGGGUGUUCAAUCAAAAAGUGAAGAUAUGACAUUCCAACCAAAUACAACUCUUUCUAGCCCGGUUUUUGUUGCUGGAAAUGUAUCUGCGUCAGCAUCAAAGUAUCAGUUGUGGACGGGCAAAUUCUUUCUUUGCAAUCAUCGGAGUCGUAUUCAUCAACUUCAUUUUAGGAGUCAGGAGAGACCAGAUUAUCUUGGUUUUUCAUACUUAUUUAAGGAAGAUGUUCCUGCUAAGACGAUGGUUCCAUCUACUCCAAUGAAUGUUACACCGAUUCCUUUUACGUGGACAUAGAGGAUUAGCCUCCAUCCAACACCAUUUCAUGGUCUUUGGUACAAAAAAAACUCAGCUCUUGUGAGUCUGAUUUCUGUUAUAUGUUCUUUAUAUCAUUAUAUGUAUGUCUUACACUAAAGUAUCUGAUUUAUUACUCUUUUCCGUUGUGGAGGUAAAUAAAUAUAUACAAGUUUACGUUGUGCGAGAAACA